ACGUGCAUUCACAACUGCAAACUCACUAACUCUAUCAAAAUUCACAUACCUAAAUGGCUUCUAGUGCUACUGCCACCCGUUUCCUCUUACUCUUCUUCCUCCUAGGCGUCGGCCACCGCAUCGGCCGCCCGCACCGCGAGGAACCGCACGUCGACGGAGGAAUCCGUGCGGCGCAUGCACGAGCAGUGGAUGGCGCAGCACGGGCGCGUGUACAAGGACGCCGCCGAGAAGGAGCGGCGGUUCAGGAUCUUCAAAGCGAACGUCGAGUACAUCGAGUCCGCCAACCGGGCCGGCAACCGGUCGUACACGCUCGGCACCAACCGCUUCACCGACCUCACCAACGAGGAGUUCAGGGCCUCGUACCUCGGGUUCCGGCCGACCCCGCGCCCCGAUGAGGCGGUGCAGUCGCCGUUCAGGUACGCCGACGACCCGACGCCGGAUAGCGUGGACUGGAGGUCGCAAGGCGCAGUUACUCCCAUCAAAGAUCAAGGCCAAUGCGGAAGUUGCUGGGCAUUCUCCACGGUGGCGGCGACGGAAGGGAUCACCAAGAUCAGAAAAGGGCAGCUGAUCUCCCUGUCGGAGCAAGAACUUCUCGACUGCAACGACUUUGGUGGCUCGUGCGAAGGCGGCGAUGUCAAUGCCGCCUUCAGCUUCAUCAGCAAAAACGGAGGCCUGGCGACCGAAGACGCCUACCCAUACCAGGGAACGCAGGGCACGUGCCGGGCGUCGUCCUCCGCAGCCACCAUCAGCGGCUACGAGGAGGUGCCGGCGAACAGCGAGCCCGCCCUGCAGAGUGCGGUGGCGAACCAGCCGGUGUCCGUCGGCAUCGACGGAGGCGAUAUGAAUUUUCAGAACUACAAAACCGGCGUUUUCAACGGCCCAUGCGGGACAGAUCAGAACCACGCAGUCACAGCCAUCGGGUACGGAACGGCCGACGACGGAACUAAGUACUGGCUCAUAAAAAACUCGUGGGGAACGACGUGGGGCGAGGCUGGAUUCAUGAGGAUCCAGCGAGAUGUGCAGUCUCCCGAAGGAAUGUGCGGACUCGCCAUGCACGCGUCUUUCCCGACCGCAUAAUCCGAAUACAAAUCAUUAUACAAAAAAUAUAUAUGGAUAUAAUGCUAUGGCUUUAAUAAUAGUUGCUGGUAAUAAUAAAGCUUGGAGGUAUGUAUAAUAAGCUUAUAAAAAUUAGAAAGUCAUCUGUUUGGUUUGGCCACGUACUGUUAUUAGAUUUGAGAGGGAUAAUAGUAUUAAUUAUU